AUGCAUGUCCAUCUUCUCUUGCAGUCAGCAUUUCCCUUGAAAGAGAGAAAAAGUAUGACUAAUUUCACUACAAUGAGUGGAUUUCUUCUCGUGACUUUUCCUGGCAACCCUGAGAUAGAAUUCUUACAGGCUUCUCUUUUUUUAGUCUUCUACUUGGUGGCUUUAAUUGGCAAUAAGCUCAUUAUCACUGCGACUUCAAUAGAUUGUAGUCUCCACUCACCUAUGUAUUUCUUCCUGAGGCACCUGUCCUUUUUGGAUCUGUGCUACAUUACGACGACUGUACCAAGAUCCAUUUGUCAUUCUUUCAUGCACAGUGGCACUAUUUCUCUCUGGGAGUGUAUACUGCAGUGUUUUGUCUUCACAGUCUUUUGUUCUACUGAGAUGGCCAGGCUCACAGUGAUGUCCUAUGACCGCUAUGUGGCCAUCUGAUUUCCACUGCGCUAUGAAAUCAUCAUGGAUGCCAGCACCUGUGUUCACGGAGUCUUAGCUGCCUGGACCAGUGGGCUCAUCUCUGGGGUCAUGCAUACAGCUGCUACUUUCUCCAACCACUUCUGUGGUCCCAAUGUCAUUCACCAGUUCUUCUGCAAUAUCCCCCAACUCCUGAAGCUCUCUUGUUCCAAUGACUACAUCCCAGAGCUUGGGCUCUCUGCCUUCCUGUCCGUGGUGGCAUUUCUUUGUUCCAUCUCUAUGGGACUCUCCUACACACAUAUAUUCUCUACUGUGCUCAGAAUGCCAUCUGCUGAGGGUAGAGCAAAAGCUGUUUCAACUUGCCUAACCCAUCUCUGUGUGGUCAUAUGA